AAAAUAUUUGUUCCGUCUCUGCCUCAGCCGACGAAGAGAAAAAUUAACUUUCGCAAAAGUCGAAGUUUUCGUUAUUUUCCAUUAAAUUAAGCAAAAAUCCUCAAUAAACAAAUCAUACAAAAACUAAUCUAUGACAUGAAGCCAUGAAAUGGUUAAAACUAAACAACGCAUUAAAGUGAAAUUCAAAAUAAUUCUUAUAUCAAAAUCAAGUGAAUAAUUUUAACAGAAAGUUAAAACCAAGAAAUAAACUUUCUUAGAACGAGAAGUAAUUAAACUGGAACACCACCAUGGAUCUCUUUCACAACCUUACAGCUAGUAUACAAAUUUAUCUUUCUUCCUACAUUGACCUGGACUACUCGCUAUGGUUGUACAGACUCUUGCUGCCGCUGAUUAUAACAUUCCUUUUGCCAUUCGUAUUUGUAGCGCUUAUUUACAUAUCGUUUAUUGUUUUAUUUGUUUACAAAAUGCACAGGCAAGUGAUCAUGCGCCACGUCACUACAGAUCGUAAUUUUUGGACUUUUGGGCGCAAACUUGUAGCUGCUAUAUGGGAUGCCCAUGCUCGCAUUUAUCACGGAUACGAAGUUAUAGGAAUGGAAAAUCUUCCAGCCGAAGGACCUGCCUUGAUUGUCUACUACCACGGUGCUAUUCCAAUUGACAUGUACUAUUUUAAUUCACGUGUAAUGUUGCAAAAUGAUCGAUUGAUUUACACAGUCGGUGAUCGCUUCCUCUUUAAAUUACCCGGUUGGGGUCUAUUGGCAGAUGCUUUUCACAUAUCACCCGGAACCGUUCAAUCAUGUAGUAAUAUUCUGAAAGAAGGUAAUUUGUUGGCAAUUUCACCUGGUGGUGUGUAUGAGGCACAAUUCGGUGAUCAUUAUUACGAAUUGCUAUGGCGAAAUCGCACUGGAUUUGCGAAAGUUGCUUUGGAUGCUAAAGUGCCAAUAAUUCCAUUUUUUACACAAAACCUUCGUGAAGGUUUCAGACAGGUGGGCAUAUUUCGAAGGCAAUUUUUAUGGCUAUAUAAUGCUAUUCGAAUACCCGUAUGUCCAAUCUAUGGUGGAUUUCCGGUUAAAUUUCGAUCUUAUCUUGGCAAGCCUAUUCCAUAUGAUCCUAAUGUAACAGCUGAAGAACUUCAAUUAAAGGUAGCCCUUGAGUUAUCAGAACUGAUAAGCAAACACCAGAGAAUACCUGGGAGUAUACUGCACGGGCUGCUCGAUCGUUUUCGGUUUCGGAAAAAACAAGAAUAGAUAAGAUUUGAUAAAAUAAUUAUUUCCACAAAUACUCAUGAAACAGUAAAAAAACAAAUAAAAUUGGAAUUGGAUUAAAAAUUAUAACUAUACAUAUUUAUAAGAGAAACAAGUGAACCUGAAUGCGAUUGAUCAAAGUACUUAAAACAAAAGUCCAAAUUUUCAUAUUUAUAAAAAUGUAUGUGCGCUAAAAAAAAUCGAAUUAAAGUACUAGGAUAAAUAAUUUUAAUCUUUAUCAUUAUUCCUCUCUCUCUAUCUACUUUUCAAUGUUUUUUAAUGGCUUUGAUUUUUAUUAAUUUUAUGAAGUAAUCUGACCAAUAUUAUGUAGAUAAAUAUAUAAAAUUUCUUCCUUCAUAAUGUAAUAUUAAUAUUAUUGUCUUUUAAAGUAUUUUUUUUUUGUAUUUAUAAGCAACAAAGUGUCUAUAGUUAUAUAGAAAUAACUUAAUUUAAUAAAUUGUGAGAAAGGAAAUGUAUAAUUAUAUGUUAUUAAAGGGCAUAUACUUGUGAAAAGGGGGAAAAAGAAAAAACGUAAUAAACACAGUAUAUAAAUAUAUGGAUGUGUAAAAAUA